GUGCGAUCCGUCGUGUACGCUUCCUCUGCAAACCGGAAAUAAUCAGAGCGGCGGUCCUGGAGGUGACUCUGUGGGACUCUGUUUUCUUUCUAAACGAAAGGACUGAGAAGGAUUUCGUGUUUGGCGUUAGAUUAGACGUGUUGUAGUGCUUUCACAGGUUAAAUGGGGUCUCAUCUGGUGCGGAGCUACAUCACGGAACGGGACACGGUACCGGACCCGAAAGGCCCGUUUCAAUCCGACCCGCAGUUCGGCUUCACCGAGGAGAGGAAAGAAAGAGAAAGAAACCUACGGCUCAAUUCCAAAUGUCAGCUGCUCCAUGUAAAAGUGCUUCCUCUACUAAGUUACACAGAAAGUCUCUGUGUCUGUAACAUUACACUCAUCUUCACUGGAACUAAGAGACUCAGACACUGUUCCAUCAUGACAAUCCGUGGUGUGGAGGUAAAGGUUGGAGUGAAGAACUCGAGCUUCUUGCACUGAGCCCUGACUCAACCCCACUGAACACCUUUGGGAUGAACUGGAGUCUCAUCAACAUCUCAACACCAGAGUCUGAUCUCACUGAUGAUCUUGUAGCUGAAUGAUCACAAAUCCCCAUAAUCCAACAAUUUAAUGGAAAACUAUUCUGGAGUUUAUUAUAACGGUGAAGAGUAUGGAAUAAAGCCUGUAGCCACACAGGAGCACAUGAACUUGGCCAUGUUGCCAGUGGAGCAGCGUGAUUACUGCGCUCACUACCUGAUCAAGCUGAUGAAGUGUAAGCGAGACAACUUCCCCAACUUCCUGGCCUGUAAGCACGAGAGACAUGACUGGGAUUACUGCGAACACCAAGAUUAUGUGAUGAGGAUGAAGGAGUAUGAGCGAGAGAGAAGGCUGAACCUGAGGAAGAAGAGGAUCGAAGCACAGGCAGCAUAGUCGCCCUUCUUCACCUCUCCAUCAAAACCAACUGUCCUGUUGUAGAAGGUGUCCCUCCCUCUGUAAAUAUCAAUGCUCUCCACAAUAAAAGAGCGCCUUUAUCCUG